UUCACAACAUCAGGAACAGUUAAUUUGUUUACAAACGAAAAUCCUGACUGUGUCUUUGUCCGUAACGGUUAUCUUGCCGAAAUGGCCAUUAAUUAGCAACUGCAUUUGAUUGUGUAUCUCUUCAAAAUGCCGGAAAAACAGACUUUCAAACAAACUCUUCAAAUGAAAAGAAAUUACAUGGGAAGAGCAUGUAAACUACAUUUUGAAAGUUCCCCUUUGAAGAUUGUUCAAGCUUCCAGACAGUACAUGUAUGAUGACACUGGCAAUGAGUAUCUUGAUUGUAUUGGUAAUAUUUCCCAUGUAGGUCAUUGUCAUCCACAUGUGACAAGGGCUGGCCAGGACCAGUUAGGCACACUGGUUGCUUCUACCGGUUUCCUAAAUGAAAAAUCGGUUGAAUAUGCCAAGAGAAUGAUUGAAACAUUACCAGAAAAAUUAUGUGUUUGUUUCAUGGUAAACUCUGGAUCUGAGGCCAAUGAUUUAGCAGUUCGGCUGUGUCGAUCCUAUACUGGACAUCACGAUGUAAUGGUUAUUGAUCAUGCCUUCCAUGGUAAUGUCUCUGUGAUUGCUGAUCUCAGUCCAUUUAAAUGGCAGAAAUUAGGGAUGGAGAAGAAAGAUUGGGUACAUGUGGUACCAUUUCCUGAUACAUACAGAGGUAAAUACAGAGAGGACUCCAUCAAUCCUGGUUUGUUGUAUGCUAAUGAAGCCAGAAAUAUCAUACAAUCUGCACAUGAAAAAAAAAGAAAAAUAGCCGCUUUUUUGUGUGAACCUAUGAUGGUAACAGCUGGAGUUGUUGAAUAUCCUCCUCACUUUCUAAGUCAAACUUUCAGAGCUGUACAUGAAGCAGGAGGACUAUGCAUAAUAGAUGAGGUUAACACAGGAUUAGGAAGAACUGGAGAUCAUUUCUGGGCUUUCCAAUCUCAAGAUGUAGUUCCAGACAUUUUAGUGGUAGGGAAGCCUCUAGGCAAUGGUUUUCCAAUGGCUAUGGUUAUCACUUCCAAAGAAAUAGCUGAUAAUCUCAGUGAAUACACUAAUACUUUUGGUGGAAACCCAGUUGCCUGUUCCAUUGGUUUAGCAGUUUUAGAUGUUAUACAGAAUGAGAAGUUACAAUCAAGUGCAAAAUCUGUAGGCAAAUGUUUCAAAGAUGGACUUAAAGCUAUUGCACCUAAUCAUCCAAUGAUUGGUGAUGUUAGAGGCCGAGGGAUGAUAGUAGGCAUAGAAAUAGUUACAGACAAGGAGAGUAGAAAACCUUCACCAGAAGCUGCAGAUUUACUGGCUCAUAAGUUAAAAGAGAACAAGAUAAUUAUUGCUAAUGAAGGACAGGACAAGAAUGUGAUGUUGAUUACACCACCGCUGUGUUUUACAUGUGAUAAUGCCAGACAUGUCGUACAGGCAAUUGACUCAGCAUUGGCAGAAAUAGAGAAAGGUGCCUCAGAGGCUGGAUUAAAUCAAUCUAGUUUGGGAGAGAAUAGGAUGGAUAUUCCGUUAAAUAUACUGUCAAUGCCAUCAACAUCAGGAUACUCUUCAGAGGAGUCAGACUCUGACUCUGAACACCCAAGUAAGAGAGCAAGAUAUGAGGAAGUGGACUGAUUAUAUGCGUCUCAUGGAAAAGAAAUGGGCAUUGAAAGAGCAAGAAAUCUAAAAGCUGUGAUUCCUUAUUGUCUAUCGUUUCCCAGUGAUUUAUAGUGUAUAUUAUUGUGUUCAUGCUCUUGUAGUACAUGUAUUUUAUGAUAUUGUUUUGAUAUUAUGUAUUGUUGACUAUUGAAUGAUGAUCAUGAAAUAGUUACUAUUCUAAUAGAUGACAUUCAUCAAAAUGUUUAGGAUAUUUUUUACCAUUGACUUUUACAAAUUUUUAAAGAAAUCAUCUGGGCAACAGGGCUUGUAUUCUAUAGGAAACAGGGCCUGUAUCAAAAACAUGAAAACUGUCAUCAGAUCAGCUUGUUACAUUAUUAUUUCGACAGAAGACACAUUGUGUUUUUGCAAGAUAAGGUACCUGUUUUUGCAUGUGAAAAAAGUUGCUGCAUUUGGGAUAUGCCUGUAAUUCAUUUUUAAAAAGCAUUUGAAUAGAAUCAUUGGGUUAUAGUAUUAGUUUGUUAUUCACCUAUCGGCCUCUUCAAUUUAUAAUAGUAUUUUCCAGCUAUGGUUAACAGUUAUGAAAAUAAUUUAUUGAAAUUAAAAAUCUCAAAUAUCACUUUAUAAAACUGAAACUGCAUUAAAAAGAGGAAUUAUAAUACCUGUCUAAAGUAAUAUUCCAUGCAUCUAGUGCAAUAAAGCAAACAAGUUUUUGUAUCAAGUUUUAUUCAAGAAACAUUUUUGUGUUAAAAGUAAACAAGAAAAAACCACAAGUAGGAUCAUUUGAUACUUAGAGAAUUCUGUUUGUGAGUCCAACUGUACUUUUAUAAUGAGAUGAGUUUUACAGACUGGUAUAAAAUAAAAUGAGCCUAGUACUUAUUCAACAUACAGUUUAUAGCAAACAAAAUGAGUUAUAAUCUCUGGAAAUUUACUGUCAUUCAGACAAAUUUUUGCCUAAUGGAUACACAAAGAUAAAUAGUAAAUUGACUUGAUUUAAGGAAUUAAUUGUUAUAUUUUUAAUUAAAUAAAAUACUUUAGUAUUAAAAUAACGUAACCUGAAGAAAAAGCUUCUUUGUUUACAAUGAAAAUGAGAUCAUACAUUAAAUUCCUAACAACAGGACCAACAUUGGAUACCUUUUCGUAGAUCAGUUACCGUUUCAACAGUAAUUAUGCUGGGAAUUCAUUUUUUUAUACAAUUUGGUAAAGAGUUAUAAUUUAUUGUUGAUUUUUCACUCGUGGAGACAAUGAUUAGGGUAUCUCAAAAGUUACCAAUUGUUUUUAAAUAAUAGUGAUUUUUCAUAUUUUUUUAAUGUCAUAGUUUGUAAAAUGUAAAUUAAUUGAUGGCUUUAGUACAUUUUACUGUAAUUUUAAUUUUGCAAAAAUCUGUAUUUAAAUAGUUAUUUAUAAGGAUUUUGUCCUCUUUCACAUUUAUUAACACCUGACUCAUAUUAUUUUACAUGUAAGAAGAUAGUACAGUUUUAAUAUAAUAGAACAUUCCAUUAAGAUGGAUUUUAUUAUAUUGUUUAUUAGAUAAAGUAACUGUUUUAUUUGACAAUCACAGAUUCAGCUCAUUUUAUAUUUUAGAAUCUGUUUUAAUGUUUAUAUACUGAAUAUUCAGGAAGUUGUUUAAAUGAUUAUUUACUUAGUGCAAUGCAUCACACAUGUGUUUUAAUAAAUGCUGUUGUAUGUGUAUGUUAUCUUGUCUUGUAAGACUUUCUGAAGCUUAGUUGAAGUUCCUUUAUAUCAUUGUUUUAAGUUAGUUUGAUAGGAACAUAUUGCGAUAGAUCAAUGAUAUUUUGUGUAAAGUUGCAUUACUAUCAGUACAUAUCAGUUGGACGACUAUUUCGAGGCCUUGCUCCUAGAUCAUGGUCCAGUGACUUUGAAUUAAUUAGCAAUUUUCAAUGUUAAGUUUUCUGCUAAAUUAGUUUGAUAGGAACUGCUUGUGUAUAGAUCAAUGAUAUUCUGAAUAAAGUUGCAUAACUAUCAGUACACAUCAGUUUGACGACUAUUUUGAGGCCCUGCCCCUAGAUCAUGGUCCAGUGACUUUGAAUUAAUAAGCAAUUUUCAAUGUUAAGUUUUCUGGUUGUCAGUUUGAUAGGAACUUCUGGUGAUAGAUCAAUGAUAUUUUCUAUAAAGUUGCAUUACUAUCAGUACAUAUCAGUUUUACAACUAUUUUGAGGCCCUGCAUCCUAGGUCAUGGUCCAGGGACUUAGCAAUGUUGCUGUCCAUCAGAUUGUCUUUUAUCAAAUUUUCUGCCAAAAGGCCAGACAGAUCUCUGUGUCAACAAUUUAUUAUACUUUCCUUUUGACAUUUCAGUAUCUUUUUUAAAAAUGUUAAUGUGUUAUAUUUUCAAUCCCCUUUCAAUCAAAUAUUGUAAACACUUAUUUGUAACUUAAAGGUAAUACAGUUUUAGAUUAUAAUAUAAGAACAAGUAAUUUUUAUACGACCGCAAAAAUUUUUGCGGUCGUAUAUUGGUAUGACGUUGGCGUUGUCGUCCUGCGUCGUCCGAAGACACAUUGGUUUUCGCACUCUAACUUUAGUUUAAGUGAAUGGAUCUCUAUGAAAUUUUACCAUAAGGUUCAAUACCACAAAAGGAUGGUUGGGAUUGAUUUUGGGGGUUAUGGUACCAACAGUUAAGGAAUUUGGGGCCAAAAAGGGGCCAAAAAUAAGCAUUUUUGUAACUUCCAGACAUAACUUGUGUGUUAGUGUAUGGAUCUCUCUGACAUUGUACCACAAGGUUCCAUAUCACAAAGGGAAUGCUGGGAUUGAUUUUGGGGGUAAUUGCCUCAAAAUAUUAGGAAUUAGGGGCAAAAAACAAGGAUUUUUCUAGUUUCAUGACAAUAACUUGUGUGUAAGUGUUUGAAUAUUUCUGAAAUUGUACUACAAGGUUCCAUAUCACAAAGGGAAAGCUGGAAUUGAGUUUGGGGGUAAUUGCCCGAAACGUUUAGGAAUUGGGGGCCAAAAAGGGGCCAAAAAUAAGCAUUUUUCUAGUUUCCAGACAAUAACUUGUGUUCAAGUGUAUGGAUCUCUCUGAAAUUGUACUGCAAGGUACCAUACCACAAAGGGAAGGCUGGGAUUGAGUUUGGGGGUGAUGAAUCAUAAGGGGGUUCAAAAAAUUUGGGGGGGGAUUUUUUUUUUUUUCCUUUUUUUCUUUUUUUCUUUUAAAAUUUUCCAUUUUAAGUUGGUUAUUUCUGAUUUAUAUUUAAAAGCAAAGAAUAAUGAUAUGGUAGGAGAUACACACCAAACAGGAUGUGAAAAUUAUUAUAUAAUAAGUAUUGUGCAAUAGCAAGAAAUUUUCAAUUGCACAGUAUUGCACAAUAGAAAGAAAUCUUCAAUUGCACAGUAUUGCGCAAUAGCAAGAAAUCUUCAAUUGCACAGUAUUGCGCAAUAGCAAGAAAUAUCCAAUAGCACAAUAUUGCGCAAUAGCAAGAAAUUGUCAAUUGUGCAGUAUUGCGCAAUAGCAAGAAAUAUUCAAUUGCACAGUAUUGUGCAAAAGAAGAUACUUCGUAUAAAUUGCUUAUUUCUUGGCCAAUUUCAAUGGGGUUUUAUUCUUGAAUUCUUGGGGUUCUUUAAUAUGCUGAAUCUAACCGUGUAUUAAGUUUUUGGAUUUUGGGCCCCAUUUUUAAAUUGGUCCACAUUGAGGUCCAAAGGGUCCAAAAUUAAACUUUGUUUGAUUUCAUCAAAAAAUGAAUUAUUGGGGUUCUUUGAUAUGCCGAAUCUAACCGUGUAUUUAGAUUCUUAAUUUUUGGUUCUGUUUUCAAAUUGGUCUACAUUAAGGUCCAAAGGGUCCAAAAUUAAACUAAGUUUGAUUUUAACAAAAAUUGAAAUCUUAGGGUUCUUUGAUAUGCUGAAUCUAAACAUGUAUUUAGAUUUUUGAUUAUGGGCCCAGUUUUCAAGUUGGUCCAAAUCGGGGUCCAAAAUUAAACUUUGUUUGAUUUCAACAAAAAUUGAAUAUAUGGGGUUCUUUGAUAUGCUGAAUCUAACCAUGUAUUUAGAUUUUUGAUUUUUGGGCCCCGUUAUCAACUUUGUCCACAUUGAGGUCUAAAGAGUCCAAAAUUAAACUUUGUUUGAUUUCAUCAAAAAUUGAAUUCUUGGGGUUCUUUGAUAUGCUGAAUCUAACCAUGUAUUUAGAUUUUGGAUAUUGGACCAUAAUAGGUGAAUGUCCAAUUUAAAAUUUUUAAGUUCUUAGACCACAUUGAUUCAUUCUGUGUCAGAAACCUAUGCUGUGUCAAAUAUUUAAUCACAAUCCAAAUUCAGAGCUGUAUCAAGCUUGAAUGUUGUGUCCAUACUUGCCCCAACUAUUCAGGGUUCGACCUCUGCGGUCGUAUCAAGCUGCGCCCUGCGGAGCAUUUUAUUUAGAGUAUUUUCCUUAAAUUCUUUCAGGGGCCUUGGUGGCUUGGUGGUCUAAGUAGUUCAACUACUGUAUCACUAGCCUGUCAACACUGAGGUUGUGAGUUUGAACCCAGACUCAAAUCUUAAUUGACUAGGAUUGUCAGUCAUCCUGUAGAAGGUCGGUGGUUCUCUCAGCUUUCUCCACCAAUAAAAACUGAUCGCCAAGAAAUAGCCAAAACACCAACCAAUCAAUCAAUCAAUUAAUUUUUUUCAGAAAAUAAAAUAUUUAUAAUACUUACAGAUAUUUCCUUUUUAUUGUUGAUCAGUUUUAUUAUUUGUUUAGAAACAAAUUUCCAGGGAAUUUUUUUGGUUUUUCACUAUAGGACCAUCAGAAUUCAAUAAAACUUCUUUUGAACAUUGUCUACAUGGUUUACAGACAACAAAUAAGCCAGGUUUAUGCUUUUAACUUCAAAUUUCAAGAUACAUGUAAUAUUCUUAUUUUUUGUUGUACAUUUAAUUUGUAAAAAUGAGUUGUAAAAUGUUUUAUGUCUAAAUAUAGUAUUUAUAUUUGUAAUUUUCAUUAUAUACAACUAUUACCUCAAAGAGAUCACUGUUCUAUGAAAAAAACAGCGUUUUGUUUAUAUCCAUCAACUAGCAGUUAUUCUAUAUUGCAUUUAUUUGAGAAUGAAAAAUUGGAAAUAUAUUACUAUGCUUACCAUUUGAAUAUUUUAACUGGAAUUAGCCUAAGUAAUCUAAUUUGCAAUUUAAAUCAAGUCAUUUGUUUUGUUAUUUCUUCCUGUUCUGUUAAACAUCUAAACGGUAUUAUAAGAACUUGAUAUUUGAGAAUAAUUAGAGAAUCUGAUGAAAACCAGAGAUUGAAAGAUGGUACAGAUGAAAAGCAAGAUGAGAUAAGGCCAAUUUUGGCACAGUUUUAAUUUUUUUUUUCAGAAUGAUCAUAUUUAAAUGAGGAAUUUUGGAUUCAAUAGCCAAAGAAGUAUUCUUCAUACAACAAACCAUCUUUUUUUAUAUCAAGCUUUCAUGCCAGAACUUACACCUUAAGAAGCAAAAUAUAAGUUUCAGUGGAAAUGUUAUAAAAAAUUUUGGUAUCCUUUGAUCAUUUCUUGAUAGUCAUGUCAUUUGCAAUUAUACCACCAGUCGCUAUGAUACAAGGAUCUAUCUUUUAAACAUAUAAUGAACUGUAAAAAGUGGAUUCAUUUGAUUUUGUGGUAAUCAUAUUUGUAUGGUUAGAUGCUUUAGUAUUGUUUAACACCUUUCAUGGUUGACUCGCUUGCUUCUAUCAAAGUUACUGGAAGAAUGUUUAUCACUGUGUAAUUUCUACAUCACUAGCCAUGAAAAUUGCCACAAAAAGAAAUCUAUAUAUCACUCUGUACUAUGGUUGUUGUCUGUUAAAUUCCAUAUUGUUACAUAUCUCACCACAGAAAGACCAAAUUGUUGUUGAAAUAAAAUUGUUUAUAUCAUUAUUUA